UUAUUUGGGUAGCACAUCAAUUUUAGAAAUGCUAGUCUCUACUAAUCACUCUUGUCUGUCUCAACAUUGCAGGUACCAGGUACGUGCUCCUACAUUCUUCCAGAAGUGUCGUGACCAAAAUUGGUACAUCAGCCAACUCGAGGUGGCUCAGACAGGGUACAUUCAGCAAGUCAACAAUCUUAAAGAGCGAUUGGCCAUUGAACUUUCACGUAACAGGACAGCACAAAGCUUGUCGCCACCUGAUACACGCUUGAGUCCACAAACCAGUGAUUGCUCAGACACGAGGACAAAAAAGCUUGUUCGUAAUGAAGAUCUACCAGCAGAGGGAGCUUGUUCGGUAUUAGCUAUCAACCAGGCGAAAGAGGAGGAUGAAGAGGACAAGACAGUGCAGGAUGAUUCCAAUCAUGAUCUUUCCGAUGGUGAUUUGGACAUAGAAUGCCUCACUGUGGAUGAUGAAUUGAUCCAACUUGACGGCAGCAGCUCAUCUGCUAGUUCCACAGCAACCAGUAAUACAGAGGAAAAUGACAUUGAUGAGGAGACUAUGUCUGGAGAGAAUGAUGUUGAAUACAGCAACAACAUGGACCUGGAGGAAGGAGAGUUGGAUGAUUCAGCUGGAGCUUCUGGAGGGCUGAGCAACCGCAGUAGGUCCUCAAGACGGGGCAUGGGCAGUCUGUCAUCUGCAGCCAGCAGCAGUCUGCUUGACAUUGACCCAGUCAUUCUCAUACAGCUGUUGGACCUGAAAGACCGGAGUAGCAUGGAAAAUUUGUGGGGCCUUCAACCACGCCCACCAGCUUCCCUCCUGCACUCUGCAGCUCAAUGUCGAAAAGAUCGUGAGCAGCGGAGACAGCAGACUGUGCGCCGAUCGCCUCCUAAUUCCGGGGUUCUGAAGAGAUUGAAGGCCCAAAUGGCUGAGGUCAGGAGCAAAAUGUCUGAAGUCAAAAGUCAGAUGUCUGAGGCAAGAAGUAGUACGGUAUCGUGUGCUGAUUUAGGGGUGAAUUGCACCACUCAUGCAGGAGAUCAAGGGCCAUCAGGGACAUGUGGAAUUGACAACAUCCGGAGAAAUGAAUCUGGACUAGAUCUCCUUUCCAAUUACAUAACAUUUGCAUCUACAAAGAAGUGUGGAUCUCCAAAACAUAGCCGCCCAGGUUCAGGGACCAUUUUCUCUCUCCGUAGAGCUCUGGAAUGCGGGGAUAAAGAUCUCCACUGCCAAGAGAAUUAUCAACCCAGCACAACAGGACUAUCAAAGCCAAGCAGUAGACAAGGAUCACCACAUUGUGUAAACAAGGCAAAUGACUCGGAAGCCCCAUCAACCUGUAAGGCUGAGGACAGAGCUUUUAUCGUUACUGCAUCUGACCAAUUCUGUAACACUGCACUGAAUGGAUUGGCAGCACUUGAAAUGACACGUAAAGUUGCCACUUUAGGGUCAGUACCCCAGUGCUGUUUAACAGAUAACCAACGUUCUGAUUCAGAUAAUGCAAGCACUGCAGGAACACAUGCUUCACCUCUUGAGGGUAUGUCGGGUAGGCCGGAAGAAGUUGCAUUGCUUCAGAAAAAGGCCCUUCAAUUGCUGCCCGGUAUGAGCAGUGACAGUGAGAGUGAAUGUGAAACUGAGAUUGAGGAGCAAGAAGGGAACAUGUCCACAGAGCUUGCGACUCAUAACUUCACUACUCAGAGUUCUGGAGAAGGUGAUUUGGGCAAUUCUGGAAACACCAAUUUUGUCAAUGGAGAUGCAAAAGAGUAAUCAUAAGGACCUUGUCCAUGGAAGACAUUUUUAUCCAAAUUUCGGUGAAAGUGUGGAAAAGAUUGCUAAAGGAAUUUGUCCAUCUUUAAUUAGAAGGAUAAAGGAAAUAACCUGUAACAUCCCAUGUGAAGCUAACGCUUGCCUGUUACUCAUGCACUACACCAGCUGUAUGUUGCAGCAAGAUCCCAGUAAACCUUUGCACUAAUGGAUUUUUCUUUUCUGUCUUAUCAUCAGUGGGUUGGAAUUAGUUACACAACCAUUCAGUGGACAGUCCAAAUUCUUGUUGAAUGGUGCCUUCAGAGCUGGUGGGGACUGUAUUAGACUGCACUUCCUAUUCACAAGCCUGCAUGCAACAUUCUUUCCAGAAUGUAUUUCAGGAUUUAGGCUGCAUCUUCUGGGGAAAAAAAACGUUUACUAUUAAACAACGAGAGUGCAUUGGAAUGAUUUGCUUGUAAGUACAAUUGCCAAAGUGAAGUGGGAGAUGAUGAGGUUCUUUUAACUGAAGCUAUUUUACAAACACCAACCAGCUGCUGGUUGGGUGCAUCUUAAACUGAACUGUCAUUUUUGGAGCAGCCCAGCAGGUGAAUCGAGCUAUUAACAUCCUGUGCACUGGGUUAUUGGUGUCUCACUGCCAUGGGCUCUCACCUAGCUGAGCUUGUGAGCAGCCCAUUCUAAGUAUUCAUCUUAAGCAAGUCAGAACAACCUUUCUGAAGUGAUCUGCUUAGUAACUUUCAUAAAAUGUAUGUUUCUUCAACUCUUUCUAGAUGAGAGGGUGGGUGUUUCUUGCCAAACAAUUUCGUUCUGCCCCUAAUUCCCAUUAUUUGGCCAGAACAACGCGCAGGCAACUGUCUGCUAGACCUUUAGUCUCAUUAUUGGCAGAAAAUGAGCUCUACUCCCCUGGACACAUCUGCCCUUUCCUGCGCAUGGCUGAAUGGGGAAGGUGCAGUGCUGAAACCCUAGGGUGCCUUUGGGGAGUGUCUCUUUUAAGUAGUCACAGACCACAGUCUGUCAGCUGAUGAUUGUAAGUUUGUAAAAUAUCCCACUCAGACCAAAAAUUAAUAAACUAAUUGAAUAAAACAAUAGGUAGGCAUUACUGGCUGAUAUAAGGUGACUCUGUGUGCAUGCUGUGAUUCAAAGACCAUAUUAGAUUCAUGAUGAGGGACAUUCACAGUGAAGUGUUGCAUUUUUCCUGUCUCUGAUGCAGUGAACACAGAAUAGAAUGAUACAUUACACAACAACUACUUUGCUCAACACUUGUAAAUUUGAUUUGUUCAUGUCUUUAUACUUGCUUUUACCGCAAAAUUACCUGAAUGUUGUGUCUUCGCUGUGAUUAAUUACUGUUAAGUGCCUGUGUUCUAACUGGCCAUAUUUAACUGCUAGCCCAUUGCUCCUCUGCAUAGUAACAUCACAUUGUAGCUCUGAUUGCCAUAGGCUGCGGUUACUUGUUCCAUUGUCUUCAUUUUUGACGCAGUUAUGAUUGUAGAUUUCUAACCCUGCUGCAUGGUGUAUAACAUACUUCUGAGCAAAAGUUCUCCUACAGUUUGGCAGCAUUGUACCCUGGUUCGGAUUGCUGAACACCUCCAAAUUUUGUUGAAGGAAACUCUGGAGAAAAGUUCAGUGGUCUGCUGGUUAUGAGUGUUACAUGACCAAUGAACUCCAGAUUUCUUCAGAACUAAAAUUUAACAUACUGUAUCAAAGUUGGGAAUGCUUUAGUCACUUUGCAAGAUUAUUUGCGUCUGACUGUCAAUUAUAAUUUCUAGGUCAAGGAUAAAGCUAAGAUUCCAAUAUAUGCUUUCAAAUGAAUUUAUUUCCCAUCUAAGUACCAUGUUGUUUAUUUAUUUCUAUCUCCUGCUUUGGAGCAGCUAUUCUGUAUGAUCCACAAAUGUACACUUCUCUGCAAUUUGCUUUUCUUACAGUAGGCCCAACAGGCAAUCAUUUUGUAGAUUUCCUUUUUGUUAUGUAGAUGUACCUCAGUAGUGCAAAUCACUGUCUUCCUCUGGGAAUUCUCAAAGCUGCUGGUUAAAGAGCUGGUACCUUUCUGUUGAGAGAACCCUUUACAUAAAUUCUGAGGUGUUAUAUGUGUGUUAAAUGUCUCCUCUACCCCCAGCUUUUAUUCAUAAUAGCAGCACUUAGGAAUUGUAUCAUUGGUUUGUUCUGUCAGUGUGAGGAGCACCUAUUGUAUGUUUUCCCCCAGUGUCACUGUCCUCCCCUUUAAUUGUACCAAAAUUAAACAUUCCAUGUUGCUGAAAAUGAAAUAAUGGUUGCUGGAAUAAAUUGGUAUUUCUGGUAUUUUUUAUUGGCUCUGUUGACAUGUAUGACUCCUCUUCCCUUUUCACUGACCUGCUGAAAUGUGGAGAGAUUUUAUUUUUAAACUUGCUUCUGCUGCUUGGAGUUUUUCUUUUGGAUGGCAAUAAGUUGCAUGUCUAAUGACUGAAACAAUAUGCUGUGAAUCCAGGUCUCUCUCCUGUAAUUCUGCUUACGCUGCCGCCGCCAGUCGUCGCUGCCACCACUUCCACCCCCCCAGCCCUCCAAAAGAAAAAGCAGUCCCAUUCUGCCAAUAGUAUAUUUAACUCUGAACAUUUCAGUUUUUUUUAAUGCAUUUUGGGGUCUUAGUUUCUGUGAAUUAUUUUUGCGCUGUGCUUUUUGGGGAGGUUCCUACUGAGGGAACUCACAGUUUGAGCAACAGCACCUUUGUAAAGCAUUACUAGUGGCCUAACCUGUGUAGUAGGAAGCUGAUUGCUGAUGUACAGUCCUGAGUACUGUUUCUGCGAUGCAUGGUGAAAUCCAGAAUGUGAUGUGUCUUGUACUGUGAAAUACUGUUUAGAAAAUCCACAGUUUUUCUGUAAUGUAUAUUGUGUUUGCUUUUUAAAUACUGUCUCCAUUGUGUUUACAUGAUCACAUUUCAGCACUUUUUUAGUUAAUAAAACUGAAAGAUAUUAA